AUGAAUUCUCCGGGCCCAUUCAAGAACUCUUACGGCGGACCCGACUACCACCGACGAUUUCACACCGACGAGACCUUCUGGACGAGGCUGACGGAGCCGAGCAUCGUGGUGUCCCUCUUCGCACUCGUCCUCACAGCGCUCGUCUCUGUUUUCGGCGCUUCUCUUCCGACCACCCUGCUCUCACGCGCCUCUCGGACCCUUUGGGACGUAAUCGUCUGGCUCAUUCCCUACGACGCCUUGACCCUUCUGGAAGCCUGGCUGCAUCCGCCGCUCGUUCCGCGACCGAUGCUCCAGAACCAAGCCAGAACACAUGCGGCAAAAAGUGCGCUUUUGAAAAAGAUACUCGGCAUGGACAGACAGGGAGGAAUCAUGGGGACGGUGUCUCAAGCUGGCAUUCGGGGGUUGUCGUCGGUCUCCGGGGCCAUGAUGAGCUUCAAGGGCUCUAGCAACUACCCGCCGGGCCUCGGGAACCUCGACAACUCGUGCUAUCAGAAUAGCAUUCUUCAGGGACUUGCCUCGCUGAAGCCGUUUCCGAAAUACCUGGCCGAUCCCGUUCAGGACCCCGAGACUGACCGCCGGAAAGUCGAGGCCGUGGACACGCUGCGUAACCUGAUUGAGGACUUGAACAGCGCUCGAAACUAUGGCAAGACAUUAUGGACGCCAGGCUCGCUGAAGAACAUGAGCACGUGGCAGCAGCAAGAUGCGCAGGAAUACUUUUCAAAGCUACUCGACGAGGUGGAUAGGGAGAUUGCCAAGGUGGCAAAAGUGACGGUCAAGUCGUCGGGCUUCGAGUCGGAUUGCGCCAACGACGACACUGCGACGAGCCAGCACAGCGAUGAUAGCGGCUACCAGAGUCUGUCGACGGCCUCAAAGAUUAGCGCGGCCUCUAGAUCUUUGCGGAACCCCCUCGAGGGGCUUAUUGCUCAACGCGUGGCCUGCGUCGAGUGUGGACACUCGGACGGGCUCUCAAUGAUCCCUUUCAACUGCGUUACUCUUAGUUUGAAUGUGGGCGGCAACGAUCACGAUUUGUACGAGCUCCUGGACGCGUACGCCCACAUCGAGUCGAUCGAGGGCGUCGAGUGUGGAAAAUGCACGCUCUUGAAAGCGAAAAGACUCCUGACCCUGCUCGUCGAGAGAGCGGAAGCAUCAUACACUGACGAGCAGAAGCUCAAGGAGCCCAAGUUGCGACUGGCGGCCGUCGAGGAGGCGCUGGAAGAGGACGAUUUUGAGGACAAGACGCUCACGGAGAAGUGCAAGUUCCCUGCCAAUUUCAAAGUCUCCUCGACCAAAACGAAGCAGGCCGUCAUUGCUCGCCCGCCCCAGAGCCUCGCCGUCCACAUGAACAGGUCCGUGUUCGACGAAAACACUGGCAUGAUGUACAAGAACUCAUCCGGCAUCCGGUUCCCCCUGACGCUUGAUCUCGGUCCGUGGUGUCUGGGUAGUGCCAGCAAAACGGACGGCCGCGGUCCUACUGACGGAUCCGCUUCGCCAUCCUUGGAGGAGCAGGAGGAAGAGCAGUGGCUGUUGGAUCCGAGGUCUUCGAUGAUUGCCGGCGACAAACGCAAGUCGUACAUCACCGGCCCGAUAUACGAGCUGCGGGCUGUCGUCACGCACUAUGGUCGUCACGAAAACGGGCACUACGUCUGCUAUCGCAAGUUUCCUCGUCACUCGCCGCCGAGUGAUGGCGAUGAGGUCACUUCGCCCCAGUCAAAAACUUCAGAGGACGACCCCGAUGUGGAGAUGGACUGGUGGCGUCUCAGUGACGACACGCUCAGGAAGGUUGACGAAGAGGAGCUGCUGGCACAGGGUAACGUCUUUAUGUUAUUCUACGACUGUGUCGACCCGAAUAUUAUUCCCUCGUCCGAGGUUGCCGCUGUGGAGGCCGUUGCAGUUCCGGGCGCAGAUGCGAUAGACGCAGAGGACGAGGAGACGCCCAGAGUAGAGAAACCUGCCUUUACCUGCACGGUAAAGGAGGUCUCCGAAGAUGAUGAAGAAGAGGUGCCGACGACAGGUACUGUGAUGGCUGUUGCUGAUGGAGACGUCUCGCAAGCGCGGUCUGUGCCACUACCGGGAGACGGAGACGACGAGUUGGGAGACAACCAGACCGAACUGGGACCACGGAUGAUUGCCGUCUGA